AUGUUUGAUCUCGACGAGCUCGUCAAAGCCACCAACGGCUUCAGCUGCAUGCUCAAGGUCCGCAAGGGCGGCUUCGGCUCCGUUUACCGUGCCUUCUUCUGCUCCACCGGCUCAUGGUCGUCCUCGCUGUUAAGUGCCUCAACCAUCACAGCCUCUAGGGACUUCUGGAGGAACUUAAGGCUGCAAACUACCUGGACAUCAAGGGGCCUGCUGAACCUGACUUGCCUGAGCGUCACGGACAUGAUGAAGGGGAAGACUCCAGAGGACAUCCACGAAAAGUUCAACAUCAAGAACGACUUCACGGCUGAGGAAGAGGAGGAAGUGAUGAGGGAGUAA